CUUCAACGGCAUCACCAACAAGCGGACCGCCUGGAAUACGAGCAAAAUCACCGCUCUCGGUUACGGGAUGGCUUUCUGGCAACGAUUACUCCAUCCGCGUCGUCUUCCAGAGCGAUGAUGAUAUGGUCCAGUACUUAGCAUAUGAUUCCGAGAGCCAGGCUUGGAAGCAAACAUCGAACAUAACUAAAGCGAAGGCGGGAUCGUCAUUAGCUCUAACAUCGUUCGAAACAACAUGGUAUGGAACUCUAACACCUCAAACGCAGUUCAACCAAGUGGAGCUAUUUUUCCUCGACUCUGAAAAUCACCUUAACGAAUGGAGCUGGAACCCAACCGCCAGCACUUUAGGAACUAGCGGCAGCUUAACGCCUUACACGAUCCCAACAGGAUCUGACUCCCAUCUCACAUCAUAUUGGCCUUUCAUUGUUUACCAAGACGCUGGGUUAAACCUCCACGAGGUCGUGUACGACUGUAGAUUUCCUGGCUGCUGGUUUAACCGAACAAUGAACGAAACUGCGUACGACGGCGCCGACAUCGUAAUCGUCCCCGCGCAGCAGAAUCUGAGGGAAAUGAAUAUCAUCUACCAGGAGGGCGACCAGAAGCUAAUGAGCAUGGGCCGCAACUCCACCACGGGGGAUCUCAGCACGGCCGCCGCCUUCAGCAUCGACCUUCCCGCCACCGCCUCUUUCGCCGCCCUGACCGUCGUGCGCCCUUCCUCUGAUAACACCGUGCUAAACACUUACAUCCUGUACCAAGACAGCACCGGCACGAUCCAGGUAGUCUGGAAUGACGAUGCGUCGAGCUGGAAAGGACCGGCGACGUUCCCGGCCUUCAACGACGCAGACAACGGCACCAGUAUUGCGUGCUUGACGCAAUCCGCCUUUUUCACGGAUACGCCGCUACAGUCGAAUAGUCCAUUAAGCAGGUGCUACUUCCAGGUUAAGGGAGCAUUGACAGAGGUGAGGUUAAAUGGGUCGGAUUGGGAAAUCGUAGGAGCGGUCGAUGUUGUGCCGUAAUCUCUGGAAUUCUUGCGUAUCAACAGGGACGGUUCGCGGUCUUGUAAUAUGGCAACAUUUGGGGAAAGGACAGAUGAGGUCUGGAAUAUAGGAUCACUUGCUAGUGCAGUUACAGGCGAGGUCAAGCUGUUUUGGACUUCCCUGCUAAGGAGACUUUUCUUUUGAUGUACUCAUUGGAAAAUUUUGCUACGUAAAAGAUUUCAAAUGAUAUAUCGGUUUACUU